UUUAUUCGUAAUGAUCAUUAAGAAAAAAGUUACCCCUUUGAGAGGAAAUAUUAAAAGAAAAAAGACAUCUGAGAAUAUAAAUUCCAUACCUUUGCACUUGCAGGGCGCGAUGAGUGUUGAAAUGUUUUCGCUACUAAGGCAAAUUCUGCAAAUCGGUGAUUUCGUAGACAUUAGCGUUUCUGGGUAG